CAGUAAAUCACAGUCAUUGUUUAUAUUUUGUAACCGAUCCUCAAAUAAAAUUAACUCUCUAAUUCAAGAACCCAUUUUGACCUUGAGAAUUUCAAUGCUAAAAGCAAUACAGUUUCUGGGUUCAUCAUCAGGGUUCGUGGCUUAUCGAUGGAAUUGGAUACCACAUUCCACUAGCUGUUUUAUCUCUGUCUCCAACCCAUUAUCCUACUCUACCUCUACCAAAGGACCCACAAGAAAGUUGCUAUUAUCCUCUUUUUCGAGUCGCAAAGCUACUUCGUUGAGGCCAAUUCGUGCACAGUCAACUCGGUCCGAAUCAAAGAUGGAUGGCACUUCUUCUUCUUCAGCAACAGUUCACUCAGCUGCAAAUGCUCGGAAGAUCAAUUUUUGUCAGUGGUGUGGUGGUGCAACAAAGCAUGAGAUACCUGAUGGGGAGGAAAAGACAAGAGCUAUUUGCACAAUUUGUGGGAAAAUUGCCUAUCAAAACCCCAAAAUGGUGGUGGGAUGCCUCAUUGAGCAUGAUAACAAGAUUCUACUCUGCAAGCGAAAUAUCCAACCAUCGUAUGGCCUUUGGACCCUUCCUGCUGGUUACUUGGAAAUUGGCGAGUCAGCUGCUGAAGGGGCAAUCAGGGAAACCUGGGAAGAAGCACGUGCAGAAGUAGAAGUUGUGUCACCUUUUGCACAAUUGGACAUCCCUCUUAUUGGCCAAGUAAGAAAGAAAUGCAUCUCACGAGUCGCAUUGACUUCCUUUAAACCUGCUCAAUGGUUUUCUGUGUUUUUUCUCCCUUGUUUGGAACAGACGUACAUAAUUUUCAUUGCGAAGUUGAAGAAGCCCCAUUUUUCACCAGGUCCAGAGUCAUUGGAGUGCAGGCUUUUUUCUCUGGAUGAUAUACCUUUUGAUUCUCUGGCAUUUUCAUCAAUGUUUGUCACCUUAAAUUUGUACAUUGAGGACGUUAAAGGUGGAAGCCUAAAAUUUCAUUAUGGUACCAUUAACAAAAGGCCUGGCACAAGCCCUUCUGACAUCCACGCCUAUACUCUUGAUUAUCAUUUGCAGUCCUGAAAAUGGUGAUUCUUGACCUGUCUUGUGAGAUGAUUAACUGAUUGAAGCCUGAAAUGCUUAUUGAUAGCUGGUUUGAAAUUCUUUUAUUUUUCGUACCAUGGAGAAAGAUUGGGCGGGUAAACCCCAACUGAUAAUUUGGAGGAUACCGAAGGAGUGAACGUAUGAUACUAUGCCACAAUUAUCAGGAAGGCACCUUUUUCCUCCACAGUUGCUGUUUCUUUUGUAAUUGGCCAAUGUCCUAGUUUUGAUGUUACCUAUAUUUUAUUUUGAUUGUUAGCUAUACUCCCUCCAAAAUGUACAGUUUAAUUUUCCGUGCAUUGAAGUCUAAAACUGUGACCAUUGAAAAUCAUUGGAAGAUUCCUGGUUUCAAACUCUCUA